AUCUAAACUAUUGUGUGGUUUUCGCAAUGUUUAUUCGACGUCAGUUGUGUGUCGUCGCGCUCGUGGUCACAUCAUGCUAACCAAAGCCGUAACCCUUCUGUUGACGGUCGCGGCCUGCGUCGCCGUGCCGUCCAACAUCGCCCGGCCGUGUCGCGUCAAAGACAACAAGUGUGUCCGAGAUAACUUGGCCGCUAACUCUCGCUGCAACCCCAAUGUACGCGGGUUCCUUCCUGCGGAGUACACCAUCAACUCGUUCAAGUUCGAUACGCCUUACUUCAACGCAACGUACAUCGACAAUAACUUAGUCAUAAGGAACCAUAACAGUUGCUUUGUAUCGGAGUUCUUCUUCAACGUGGCCUCCGACACCGGGGUCCUCACCCUCGACUGUCCCGACCUCGACUUCGAGUCCACUCGUACCCUCAUCCAGCACUCCUCGUUCCAGGAGGACACGACUUACAACUACUGUUACAGAGGACGGUAUCCUCUGAUUCGUCUGACCUUGAACUUCCCGCACGCUAAUGAGCUGGAUCUCUGUUCGUCGUUUACUUUUGCUGACGUCACAGAGCUGCCGAUAUUCUUGAUCAAUCCCAACGAUAAAAAAACUGAAAAUUUCCUGGCGACCGACCUCACGCUGCUGAACAUCUACGAGCGGGAGACGUUCUUCUACCGCGCCAACCAGCUCGCGCGCUACUACAUCAACUCGCUCAUCUGCAACUUCGGAUGUGACUUCUAAUCAUCUUCUUCUAUAUUUCUCUAAUAAUUUAAUGAUUAUGCUUUAAAACAAUCAAAUGUCAAU